CCGACACCAUUUUUAAAUGGAAAAAUUUCAUAUGCAGAUUCAAAUUUGCAGGAUUUUUGUUUUGUUUUGUUUUUCAAAUUAGCACUUUUUUGGGGUUGUGUUUUAGGGCGUACAAUGUGCUGUUUUUCCAGGACGUCGUGGUUUGUGCAGACCUGGUAAGACGUGAUAAAGUCCUGAAAGAUGUAGCCAAAAUGUCAUGUACUCUUCACAGAACCAGCUCUCAAAGCCUCUUCUGUCUCACCGGAUCAAUCCUGCAAGGGGAUGAGGGUGGGGCGCAGGCGGCCGAGAGCCUUGCUGGGAAUCCCGCAGGUGGUCAGUGGAAAAGCAUGUACCCGACCCAGGCCUCUCUGGAAGGUGGGCAGACGAGGCGUUCGGCGGGAGAGGUGGAAAUGAAAACGGGAAAUCUAAAGAGAGGUGGCGGACUAGAAGGGGCAAGGGACGUGCAGAGGAAGAUAGAGAUUGAGGAGUGGUGAUAGGGUAGUGUAAGCAGCAGAAGGGAAGGGCAGGGGACUGCCUCGAGGAGAAGGGGCAGCGGCAGCACGUCGGGGGCUUUUGGGGAAUCUCAUUCAACAACAAAUGGCAAAAUGGAGCCCAAGUGGUUUGCCCAAGGAUGUCCAGCAGUUGGCAAGGUGGCAACUAGAACCCGCGUCUCCUAAUCCCGGUCCAGGGAUCUUUCUUCGCCUGUCACAGGGACAAGGGGCCAGUGCAGCGCUAGUGCGGAGAGACAAGGCUCCAGGCACGGAAAAGCAGACGCCGGGCCGGGGCUCCAGCGCUGCAGCCACGGCGGUGGACGGAAAGCUGUGCGGACGGCUGGGGGCGCCAUGAAUCGUCGAGGAUCCGGGGAGCCGAGUCCAGACCUUCCUAGCAAGUGACCCCGAAGCGGCAAUGGAACGGUGGCCGAAGCCUGCCCACAGCUUCCGCUUCGAAGGCGGCGUCGGAAAUGCCGCGCCAGUAUCCAGAGCCCUUCGAAACCUCCCGAGAGAUGGUCAGGAGCUUUUGGAAACUUUAGGUCAGGGGCCAACGAUCAAAAGGCUGGUAUUUCGGAACGGCUGCAUCUCCUGAGAAACCUCCAAGAGUAUCUGAGGUUGCCGGAAAAUGGUUGGAGAGCAGCCGAAAUCAGCCGAAUGACAUUCGGGAUGCUCCGGAGCUUCUCGAGGCACAUUCGGGCCCUCUCGGCUCUGCAAGACUGCGCUGGAAUCUUAAGUCUCCUUUCGUCGCCUAAUCUUAGCAGAUCCUUUCGUCGCCUAAAUGGUAACAGCGACUUGUACCGACAGUCCCUCGGUAGUUUCCGAAGGUGUUCGGGAUAGGCCCGAGCGUGGCGCCCUCUGGCGGCGGCCAGAGGUGGGGUGGGGGUUAGUGGGCCAGCGCGCGCAGACGCAGUUGAGCGCCGGCGGCAGUUCAGACCGGAUGUAGUUGUGGCUGAGGUCAGUUCCGGCGGGUGACGGUGCGGACGGGUCAGGAGCGUAGAGGCGGCGGCAAAAUGGCGGCGCCUGAGGAGCGGGAUCUAACCCAGGAGCAGACAGAGAAACUGCUGCAGUUUCAGGAUCUCACUGGCAUCGAAUCUAUGGAUCAGUGUCGCCAUACCUUGGAACAGCAUAACUGGAACAUAGAGGCUGCUGUACAGGACAGAUUGAAUGAGCAAGAGGGUGUACCUAGUGUUUUCAACCCACCUCCAUCACGACCCCUGCAGGUUAAUACAGCUGACCACAGGAUCUACAGCUAUGUUGUCUCAAGACCUCAACCAAGGGGGCUGCUUGGAUGGGGUUAUUACUUGAUAAUGCUUCCAUUCCGGUUUACCUAUUACACGAUACUUGAUAUAUUUAGGUUUGCUCUUCGUUUUAUACGGCCUGACCCUCGCAGCCGGGUCACUGACCCCGUUGGGGACAUUGUUUCAUUUAUGCACUCUUUUGAAGAGAAAUAUGGGAGGGCACACCCUGUCUUCUACCAGGGAACGUACAGCCAGGCACUUAACGAUGCCAAACGGGAGCUUCGCUUUCUUUUGGUUUAUCUUCAUGGAGAUGAUCACCAGGACUCUGAUGAGUUUUGUCGCAACACACUCUGUGCACCUGAAGUUAUUUCACUAAUAAACACUAGGAUGCUCUUCUGGGCAUGCUCUACAAACAAACCUGAGGGAUACAGGGUCUCACAGGCUUUACGAGAGAACACCUAUCCAUUCCUGGCCAUGAUUAUGCUGAAGGAUCGAAGAAUGACUGUGGUGGGACGGCUAGAAGGCCUCAUUCAACCUGAUGACCUCAUUAACCAACUGACAUUUAUCAUGGAUGCUAACCAGACUUACCUGGUGUCAGAACGCCUAGAAAGGGAAGAAAGAAACCAGACCCAAGUGCUGAGACAGCAGCAGGAUGAGGCCUACCUGGCCUCUCUCAGGGCUGACCAGGAGAAAGAAAGAAAGAAACGGGAGGAGCGGGAGCGUAAGCGGCGGAAGGAGGAGGAGGUGCAACAGCAAAAGUUGGCAGAGGAGAGACGGCGGCGGAAUUUACAGGAGGAAAAGGAAAGGAAGUUGGAAUGCCUGCCCCCUGAACCUUCCCCUGAUGACCCUGAAAGUGUCAAGAUCAUCUUCAAAUUACCCAAUGAUUCUCGAGUAGAGAGACGAUUCCACUUUUCACAGUCUCUAACAGUAAUCCAUGACUUCUUAUUCUCCUUGAAGGAAAGCCCAGAAAAGUUUCAGAUUGAAGCCAAUUUUCCCAGGCGAGUGCUGCCCUGCAUCCCUUCAGAGGAGUGGCCCAAUCCCCCUACGCUACAGGAGGCCGGACUCAGCCACACAGAAGUUCUUUUUGUUCAGGACCUAACUGACGAAUGACAUUUUUUUCUUCCUCUCCCCUCCUACCCCAGUCCCUAAAAGAAAUGGGGAAAAAAGAAAACAACAAGUCAGAAAAAAAAAAAACAAGAGAGAGAAAUUCAUAUUAUUAUUAUUAUUAUAAUACAAUAUUUUUUUUAAAAGACUGCUGCAUCCUUAGGAAGGAUCAGAAACCAUGCUGCCCAUAAGAGUCACAACCUGUGUGUGUGCGCGCAAGGUUAGCCACAAACGUACCCACUCGGCAAGCCCACCCUUCCUAUGGCCUCUGUGCACGCACCUUCCAGUGAACAGAGACUCUUCACCUUCGACCCAUUCAUUGUCCCAGCUGGGAAGGGGACAUUCCCACUAGUUCUCAUUCAUUCUUGCUUUUAUGGAAAAUAAAAGUGAAAAACCUCCAUCAACCAGCUACUUGCAGCAUCUCCUGAGGACUUGCUUCUCCUGCCUCUGGGGAAGAGAGGGAAGAGAAAGCACAGAGCAGAGAAGCAGAGAUGUUCCUUGAACUGCCCACAAUUUUUCAAUAACUUUUAUUUCUGUUUUGUAAUGACCAAAGGAAUGAGGCUGACAUAGGUAUAUAUAUAUUUUUCCUUUAUUUGAUAAAGAGCCAAUUCUUUAAACCCAUGAGUUUAUGCCCUGGGCUCCUUAGCCCACAAUAGUGUAAUAAAAGUGCCCCGGGCUGGUUUGUGCUUAUUUCUGCCAUUGUCCCUCUCACGUUCCCAGAGAGGUCAUUCUUUUUGGUCCAACUCUUGCUGUCCUUUCUUACCACCUGUGCACCCCACUUGGAGCAGUGGGAGGAAAUCUGGGUUUGUGGCCCCACAAAGGCUGUAUAUGUAAAGAUACACCUAUGUAUGUGGUGGAACUCACAUUUACACACAACUGCAGCUUUUCCUUGGAGUCUGUACCAGGUGGUGGUUAUGGGGUCUGAACCAAAGGAUAGCAGCUCUUCAUUCCUCUUCUGACAUGUGCAUGCUGCUCCUCCCAGCCCUGGGCUUUCCUGAAUUGCCAAGCCUGGUGCCUUUCCAAAGGACUAGCAGGGCCUGUGGUGGAGCCAGCAGAACCACAGGAGAGUGCCCUGCCUGUCUCAGUGGAAGUGUAUUAUUGUUUUAAGGAUAGAAAGAACCAGAGGCCUUGAAGGGAGCCAAGACAGAACUCCCAGCCUGUGUAAUCUAUUGGAAGGCACAUUUUCAUUUCUGAUGCAGCCACCUUCUGGAGGCAGCUUUUAUCCUUUCUCUCUAUUGCUAUGUUGAAGUAAUAGGGUUUUUUUUAACCUCUGGAUGUCUCGUCUGUGGUUGAGUUUAUGGUAAUGGGUACAUGGGUCAGGCCAUGUAUUAACAGAUGCCAGUGCACUCUGACAAGUAUUCCAAAGUGUUCUGUAGCUAGACAUGCAGGCUCGUUGUACCACUGCAACCGACUGACGUUACUAUAGUUCCUAGAAUGCUGUGAGGGCAGGGGGGUUCAGAUCAACAUAAAGCAUAACUUGCUGGAGUUGUAGUCUCAAGGCUUUCUCUCUUGCUUAACUAAAACCUAAGGACCACUGUUUUUGGUAGCAAUUAUAUGGUUACUAUCCACUGCAGUCCUCAGCUGUUGGGGUAAAUCCCACAUGACAGAGUAAGGCACCCCACAGAAAUUAACUUGGAGAGCCUGAGAAAUUCCCAGUGGCCUUGGCAUAGCUGUCUAGAACACCAUCUCUAGGAAAAUUUAAUUCUGUCCCUGGCCAGCUGUUGUUCUUCCACUUCGUUUUCUGCUGUCCCAAGGCCAGAUGAGUGGAAUCACCAUCUGACUUCUCAAUAAAAUGUAUCUGGAGUGAACAGCAGGAUAACCCAAGUUCUCCACAUAAGGAUAACCUUACGUGAAACCUUCCUGCUGACAACCAUGCAGAGGAAUUUUUCCACUUAAGUCAGAGCCUUCCUCCCCAUCUGGAAUUCACAGCUGUUCCCUGGCAGCACACAGGAGGGUAUUAAGGACCUUUGUGAGGCUAGGUACACUGUCCACACCUCUUUGGGGAAGUUAUUUUUUUUUCCAUCAUAAUUCAGUCUCAUCUUACUCUACAGUGUGCACUUUAUGCCUCUUGCCUUUUGAUAAUAGUUGUUCAGUGAAGGAAGUUAGCUGCCAGAAUAUUAAGAAGGAUCUCCCUUUAUGUCAGUACAACUGUUGGGGCGGCCUACCCAUUUACUUUAGGUUUCAAGAGGGUUCACCGGAAGUACAUGCCCCUGUCUAGUCCCAUUUGAAACAGUUCUGCUUUACUGAGACCCUAGGCCAGUCUCCUUGCUGACCCUAGUGCUGCUGCCUAGGUGCCAUUUCCUUUCCUCCUAAGUCAAAUACAGGCUGCACAUUUUGUCACUUAAUGCCAGUACAAUCUGUGUUACUCCUAAGGACUUUUGGGAUUUUGAUGAGACCUGCGAGGGAGAAGACACUGAGAAGCCGGUGAUCUGCAAGCAUUUGCUCGUUUCCACAUCACCUCUGGGAUAUUUCAGCUGUUGUUUCCAAAUGGCAAGUCAUCAACUAAAAGCACUUGUUUCAAGUUUUGUUCUGCACUCCCAAGACUGAAGUUGUAGAUGGAGCUGAAUAACCAUGGGAAGUGACCAAGCAAAGACACUCGAUUGGAGUCAGUUGAAUAUUUGUACCCUCAGUGGAGCCCUUCUGGUCUUUUCUUCCACUUCUGCAGAAUUUCCUCUAGCAAAUACUUCUUUCUCCUUGCUUGCCUCCACCAUGAUAUUUGAAUAAGAGAUGGCCAGAGGAUAACACUUAUCUCUUUUAAAAACUAAGCUAAAAAGAACCUAGAACCUUCAACUGAGCAGUUGUGAAAAUUGCUAAUGGUGCCAAGGCCAAGCAAAGAGUUUCAGAAAGUGACUGAGAAGGAGCGAUAACCCCCAGAAUGCAAAAUCAGGGGCAUCAUUAUCCGGUGCUUGAACAAGGAGCUCCGCUCUACAACUGGUUUUUUAGGACUUGUGAGGAAUGCAGCAACGGAAAUCCAUCCACAAAGGAUGCAGUGCCCCAACUUGUACUGCGCCUGAAUAGUCGUGAUACUUUACUGAAGAAAUCUAGUGUACUUUAAAUUUUUUUCAUAAAAGUUUACAUUGUAUUGUAGGUUAACAUUAAAUGUUUUAUAACAAAAA